UCAGUCAGUCAAUCAAUAAAUCAAUCAGUCAGUCAGUCAGUCAGUCAGUGAGUCAGUCAGUCAGUCAGUCAGUCAGUCAAUCAAUCAAGUAGGUAGACUAGGUCCAAUGGACAAAGUAAAAAGCACAUCUCAUUCCUAAUUUAGCGAUGUCAGUACAACAUCUAGUGGUGUCCUAGUUUUCAGACCCCUUGGUGUGAUGAUGGCUGUGACGUUGGAUUGUCAGGCUUCCCCCCAAAUUCUCUGUGUAUUCCGUUGGGCUUUUGGGGUUUUCUCUUGGCUGCACUGCCACCUGGUGGUACUAAUGCAGUAUGUCAUGUAUUUUGUCAGGUGUUAGUGACAUUCCGCUUUAGGCCAUUUAGAAACAGUGGUUCCCAACCUUUUUGGGUUACUGUUCCACCAACGGAAUUCUGCUCUGCCCGGAGUACCCCUGAAGUACCCCCUCAUGUGCAUUUUACCAAUAAGCCUGUGGUUUCAUGAGUCUUCUGAGGUACCAUAUGUGGAAAGGCCAAGUACCCCCAGGGGUCCUAGUACCCCUGGUUGGGAACCACUGAUUUAGAACCCCUCAGCUCUCAGCAGCCUCUCUAGCGGGGAUCUGCUUUGAGAGACAGGAAGUAGUUAAGAGCAGUCUGUCUGUCUGUCCUAUUGCUGACUUUAGCUGAGUCAUUUGAGUAAUGGCAUGUCGGGUUGGUCAGUUUAUUCAUAUUCAUGGUUUUAUGGUUGAUGUCCGUGAUCUUGAUUAUCAUGAAAAAUAUGUUAGUCUCCCAACACAGUAUUAUGUGCUUUACAUUACUUUGUGUUACUCAUUACAAUGUAUUUAUAGUAAUUGAUGUACUGUAUAUAACUUUGUGUUACUCAUUACAAUGUAUUUACAGUAAUUGAUGUACUGUAUAUAACUUUGUGUUACUCAUUACAAUGUAUUUACAGUAAUUGAUGUACUGUACAGUACUUUGUGUUACUCAUUACAAUGUAUUUACAGUAAUUGAUUUACUGUACAGUACUUUGUGUUACUCAUUACAAUGUAUUUACAGUAAUUUAUGUACUGUACACUACUUUGUGUUUUUCGUUACAAUGUUUUUACAGUAAUUGAUUUACUUUACAUGACUUCUUGUUACUCAUUACAAUGUAUUUUCCUGUAUUUCAGAUUUUCAUCGACACAAUCCCCAAUUUCAUGUUCUUCUCGACUAUGAACCGUCCAUCCAGGGACAGGCAGGAGAAGAGGAUCCACCCGACUGACUUUGACAUCUCCGACAUCUCGGGCAAGCCUGCCCCUGCCUCUGUCACCUUCCAGUCCCCCAUCACCAAGAACCCGGACGUCCGCAGCGCCGUCGAGGGGGUCAAGUACAUCGCAGAGACCAUGAAGUCUGACGAAGAGUCCAACAAUGCUGCUGAGGAGUGGAAGUUUGUAGCCAUGGUCCUGGAUCACAUCUUGCUGUGUGUGUUCAUGGCUGUGUGUAUCAUCGGCACCAUGGGAGUGUUUGCUGGACGUCUCAUUGAGCUGAGCAUGCAGGACUAAAGGAGAGACCUAGCUGGAGUCAACCUGGUCUGGCCACACUCUGGUUCUCCUGCUCGCUCUGACACCUGUCUGCUGUGCCUCUACCCCGAGUCAUCUGGUCUGUCCACACUCUGGUUCUCCUGCUCGCUCUGACACCUGUCUGCUGUGCCUCUACCCCGAGUCAUCUGGUCUGUCCACACUCUGGUUCCCCUGCUCGCUCUGACACCUGUCUGCUGUGACUCUACCCCGAGUCAUCUGGUCUGUCCACACUCUGGUUCUCCUGCUCGCUCUGACACCUGUCUGCUGUGACUCUACCCCGAGUCAACCUGGUCUGUCCACACUCUGGUUCUCCUGCUCGCUCUGACACCUGUCUGCUGUGCCUCUACCCCGAGUCAACCUGGUCUGUCCACACUCUGGUUCUCCUGCUCGCUCUGACACCUGUCUGCUGUGCCUCUACCCCGAGUCAUCUGGUCUGUCCACACUCUGGUUCUCCUGCUCGCUCUGACACCUGUCUGCUGUGACUCUACCCCGAGUCAUCUGGUCUGGCCACACUCUGGUUCUCCUGCUCGCUCUAACACCUGUCUGCUGUGCCUCUACCCCGAGUCAUCUGGAAAUGACAAUCAAUCGAUUGAUUGAGCGUUCCAUCGUUCCUCAUGUGGAACGAAGGAUGCAUAGUAUAUUGGUUUAACAAACUCUGCAUAACGGCUCUGAUUGUGAGCACUCUGGUACUCUUAUGGCACUGUGGAUGAGGGAGGUCACAUUAUGGCACUGUGGAUGAGGGAGAUCACAUUAUGGCACUGUGGAUGAGGGAGGUCACAUUAUGGCACUGUGGAUGAGGGAGAUCACAUUAUGGUACUGUGGAUGAGGGAGGACACAUUAUGGUACUGUGGAUGAGGGAGAUCACAUUAUGGUACUAUGGAUGAGGGAGAUCACAUUAUGGCACUGUGGAUGAGGGAGAUCACAUUAUGGUACUAUGGAUGAGGGAGAUCACGUUAUGGUACUGUGGAUGAGGGAGGUCACAUUAUGGUACUAUGGAUGAGGGAGAUCACAUUAUGGUACUAUGGAUGAGGGAGAUCACAUUAUGGCACUGCGGAUGAGGGAGGUUACAUUAUGGUACUAUGGAUGAGGGAGGCCACAAGCAGCUGGUAGUGCAUCUUGGCCUUGUAGCAUGAUCUUUAUUGACGAUCAGAAAUUCAGUUUGAAUGAGUUUCUCAACAUUGAUUUAGAAGUGGUCCAGUCUUGUGGAUGGGCUGUUGCUUAUUCAAUAAAGAUAACAGUGCAGGGGCUGCUGGGAAACUACACGAGGUUUUAUCUUGUCCGAUGUUAGGGUUUUUUCUCCUCCUUCUGCCAAAUGUCAUCAUGGUUGUAUUUUUAGAUUUGGUUAG